AUGCCCUCUAUUCGAUCACCAACGGAAAAAUCCGUCUGCAAAACAAUUGAACGAAUUAAUCAAGCAGCACAAAAAAGUGAACAAGAAGCAAAAUUAGAUUUUGGCUCUAAAGUCUACGCAGGCACUCAAAAAUUUGAUAAAAAUUCCUCAGAUUAUGGCCGCCCACUUGUUGGAACUAAAUCUCAAGCACGUGGAGUUCGUGCUGGGAAUAGUAUAAUGCAAGAAGUUAUAUUUCUUUGUGAAAUUAUUGAAAGAAAUGCUACUGGAAUACCUCCAAAUUGUUCAAUAAAAUUUGGACAACUUUUCUAUAUUUACAAUCAUUAUUCUCAAAGUUUAGUUGGAAUGCUAAUUAGAGCUCGAAAAUAUGGAUUGGUUGAUUUUGAAGGUGAAAUGCUUUAUCAAAAACAGGAUGACAACAAAGAAGUUAAACUUUUAAAAUCUGUGGAUGAAAUAAGAAAAAGCAUUGAAUACUCAGGGGAUCCUGUUAAUUGUAUUAAAAUAAAGGAUAAAUGA